AUGCAACGACGCAAUCCGGUGCGUCGACAAAAAAAUGCUGAACAAACUCGCGAUGCCCUCAAGAUUCUUGAAAAGUAUGUUCGCAAAAAGUAUCGGACUUCGUUCAUUUUGAAUCAGGAUGGAGAAACCAUUGAGGCACCAACCCCAAUGGGAAACACACCAUUUCAAUUCUCAAGACAGAUGACUCCCGCAGAACAUCUUUCCAUGAUCUUCAAUUCUACUCCGAUCGGAUCAGCACCGUCUGAAUACACUCAACCGCCUUUGUCUCCUGCUUUUCGGACACCUACGAUUAUGUCAGAAUUCAAACACAAUUCGAAGGAGUCUUGGUUUGCGUAUAUUCGAAGAAUUAUUAAGUUUGCUUAUGAUUAUCUAGGAUUUCGUUACAUUGUACUAGCUCUUCUCAUUAUUGGCUAUGCUUGUUUGGGUGGAUAUGCAUUUAUGUAUUUAGAGAAAGAGCAACAAAUUUUAGACUUGGAAGAAGAAAGACAGGAUAUGAUUGCUGAAUCACGCACGGUGGCCCAAAACUUAUUAAACUACAUGAAAGAAUAUAAUUGCAGCACAUCUGAAAAUCCAAAAUGUCUACAUUUAAUAACAAAAGCAAUGAUUGAAAGGUCAGAGAGAGUAGAAAUGAGCAUUCGUGGAGAAGGAUGGAGAUGGGAUUUCUGGAACUCGGUGUUUUUCGCAGCGACUAUAUUCACUACGAUUGGCUAUGGAAAUUUGGCGUGUAAAACUGUAACAGGUAGAAUAAUAACUAUAAUAUACGGACUUAUUGGAAUCCCAUUGAUGCUGUUUGUUCUGAAAGUAUAUGGUGAAUGUGGGAUUGCCAAAGCUCAGCAAUGUCGAAUUUAUAUUAAAAAGAGAUUCCGACGAUGGCGAAAACAUGGUGCUUAUGGUCUUAAAAAGGCUGGAACUGUUGAAUCAGUUGCAUCCGAUGAAAUUGAGCAAUUACAGACAACUGUUGAUGAGGAUCGGUUUCAAACAUUUCCUGUUAGUUGGGCGUUGAUUAUAUGUAUUCUUUUUAUGGUGUUUUGCUCAAUGUUUGUUUCAAAAUGGGAAAAUUGGGAUUUCCUUACCGCAUUCUACUUUUUCUUUGUAUCAUUAUCCACUAUUGGAUUCGGAGAUGUUAUUCCAGAACAUCCGAAAUCAGCUUGUGCCCUAUUCCUAUUGUACUUUGUUGGACUUGCGCUUUUUUCCAUGGUGUAUGCAAUUCUGCAAGAACGUGUUGAAAAUAAUUAUAUGUGGGCACUAGAGAUAAUAGAUCAAGAAUAUGAAGAAAAUUUAAAAUUGGAUGCAGUUGAGGAGGAUGAUAGGAAAUCACCUCAAUUUGACAAAAUUGCCAAUGAUAUGACAAAUGUUCGAUGGAGACCUAAUUUGGAUAGGAAUACACCGGAUCGACCAGCAAGUGUCAGAAGAACAACUGUCAUUUCAUCCGAGGCCCAUUUGCCUCCAACAAUUCUCGGAGUUCUUCGUAAUAUGACAGUUCAAAAGCGAAUGAUGGCGAAUUCGGAAAGCACAUUGAACAAACAUGUUAAUCGGCCAACUUCGUUGCUUCAAAAUAACGAACACCUAUUGAAUUCUAAUGGAGGAAAUAGUAGCAGAGGGUCACCAUGGCUUACUCAGUCUGAAUCCCAAAAUCUAAAGGAAUCACCAUUGUUAGGAAAAACUUCUGGAAUUUCAGCCCCAAAUCUUCACCAUGGCGGAAAUCGUAGUCCAUCGGCUGUGCUUUCUGUUAUUACUGAGGCCAGUGAUGAAGAUUUGAAACAAUUUAAAAAGAAUGUUUCCAAAAAUACAUGUUCGAAAAUUGCGGAACAUGUUUGCGAACAAGGAAGUCACGAAAGUCUGGAUCAGGUUAUGGAUGAACUUCAACUUGAAGCUACCGAUCCUGCCAUUACUCCAAAGCCGUAUCAGGAUCCAAAUGCCAAACCGUUUUUCAAUGGAAGACAAAGCGCUAAUGAAGAAGCCAGUACGUCCGAGAAAACUCCUUUGUCGUCAAAAGAUCCAUAG